AUGCCGGAAGUAUACACAGAGCUAACAGCACCAACCUCCGUGUCUUUCUCUCUCAAGCUCCCCUUCACCUCUGCAACCUCUGAAAAUGUCCUUGUCGCCAAAACCUCCCUCCUCCAAAUAUUCACUACCACCACAUACGAAACCGAACUCAACUCUGCCUCAGCAAAUGCAAAGCAACCUGGCGACGUCGACCGAAGAACCCUCGAUGCGGACGAGGAGCAAACUUUUGCAGCGGACAUUGCCCUACAACGCUCGCAAGUAGAGUCAGUCACGAAAUUAGUGUUGGUAGCAGAGUACCCGCUUUCUGGAUCUGUGACUGGUCUACAGAGGAUAAAAUUGUUGUCUACCCGCUCAGGGGGCGAAGCGGUGCUGGCGUCGUUUAAGGAUGCCAAAUGCUCACUGAUGGAAUGGGACCCCGAGACGAAUUCGAUUACUACGAUUAGUUUGCAUUUUUACGAGAGGGAGGAGUUUUGUUCACCUGUGGUACCUGAUGGAUUGCCAACGGAACUGGUGGCGGAUCCGGGAAGUCGGUGCGCUGUUUUGAGAUUUGCUGGGGAUAUGCUUGCCAUCAUACCCUUCCGGCAGCGGGAGGAUGAAGAACUUUCGCUUGGUCAUGGGGAUGGUGAUGAGAUUAUGGGUGAUGAUGGCGAUAAUGAUGAUUGGGAUCCCGAGAUGGCGGGUACUGCGCGCGGGGAGGACACUAUCAUGGGCGAGGGCGACGUUAAGACAACUGACGCUACCGAAGGAAACGAUAGGCCAUAUCACCCUAGCUUUGUCCUCUCAGUAUCCCAACUUGACGACGCAAUUUCACAUGUCAUCUCACUCACAUUCUUGCAUGAGUACCGGGAACCUACAUUUGGGAUAUUAUAUUCCCUGAGAAGAACCUGGACAGGUUUACUCGCUGCAGAGGGGAGGAAGGAUACUAUUUCUUAUAUUGUUAUUACACUUGAUCUUGAACAGAAAGCUUCGACGCCUAUUUUGAGUGUGUCAGGUUUACCGUACGAUAUAUUCAAGGUCGUUCCACUGGCGCCCCCAAUUGGUGGCAGUUUGCUGCUUGGUGGGAACGAACUUAUUCACGUGGAUCAGGCCGGGAAGACCACCGGCGUUGCAGUCAAUCCGUUUUGUAGGCGGAGUACCGGUUUUGCAGGACUGGCUGAUCAAAGCGACUUGUGCUUAGAGUUGGAGGGAAGCCAAGUUGUUGAGUUGGAAGGCGAAGGCGGUGAUAUGCUGCUCUUUACAAAACGGGGUGAAGGAGUUAUUGUGGGGUUCAAGAUGGAUGGUCGGAAUGUUAGUGGUGUUAAGAUUACCAAAUUAAAUAAUCACCCCGGAUCAAUGGUUGGCGGGAGAGUUAGCACCGCCGCUGGACUUGGUGGGAGGAGGCUUUUUAUUGGCUGUAUCGAGGGCGACGCCCGAGUGCUCAAAUGGAGGCGAAAGGGCGAAAGAAAAAAAGCAGGGGAGGGUAUUAAGGAAGAAGUCCUAGAAAACGAGGACGAGGAUGACGUUUAUGGAGCUUUGGAAGAUAUGGACGAUGACCUAUACGGGGGCGCUGGAGACGCAAGCUUCCGUAAAGACUCUCUCGCUAACGGCCGGAGGAACGGCGAGACGAAAUCUCAAGGGGAAUACAUUUUUCAAACUCAUGAUCGCCUAACAAACCUAGGUCCGUUCCGGGAUAUAACGCUUGGUAAACCGACCUUCCCAGAAGAGUCCAGGGAACGCCAGAAGGGCGUCUCCCCGGAAUUGGAGCUGGUGACCACCUCCGGCCCCUCUAACACAUCGGAGGACUCUGGAGUAAGCAUAAUUCGAAAGUCCAUCCUACCCACAAUAGUUGGGCGUUUUGACUUUCCCCAAUGCCAAGCGCUGUGGACCGUCCGUGCUCGCUCAGCAAAAACAUCUAAUGCAGCAGUAGGGCUCGGAGGCGAGGAAGAUGACCGUAGCGUGGAAGAGACGUUUGACCGAUUCCUCUUCGUUACUAAGAAUGACGAAUCGCAGGUUUUCCGUGUUGGUGAUACAUUCGAGGAGGUCCGUGGAACGGACUUUGAGAGUGAGGGUGAAACCAUUGAAGUAGGGGUUGUAGGCAACGGAAUGAGGAUCGUUCAGGUUGUUUCUGAGCAAGUUAGAGUUUAUGAUUGUGGUUGGUUUUCUCUAGUUUUUGUUAGAAAUAUAAUCCUCAUUAACUCUCAUCUCACGCAUAAUAAUCCCCGCGCUAUGUUAGUCUAUCCUUUGGGAGACUGGCUGCCUUUUUUUUUUUCCUUUUGAUAUUGGGAUGAUAAGUGAUUAAUGGCUGAUUGCGACCUUGUGGUAGACCUACAACUUUCGCAGAUUAUUCCUAUGUUUGAUGAAGAGACCGGGGAAGAAGGGCCUAAUGUUCAUAGGGCGAGGGUGUGUGAUCCCUAUGUUCUAUUGAUAAAAGUGGAUGGAAGCGCGGCAGUGUAUAGGAUGGAUUCGACGAACUUAGAGUUGGCGGAGGAAAGGGCCGAUGCAAUUAAAGUAUGAGAGACAUCCUUCCGCCACACUCCGCUGGAGCUAAUUGGAACAGUUUAAUAAAUACCAAUCGGGUUGCAUAUAUGCUUCUGCUAAGGGCACCUUUAUACCAUUGGAUGCCCCUGUUGAGAAUCUGAAGAAGGAUUAUUUAUUAUUCCUUCUCACUAUUGAGGGCGGUUUACGGGUAUAUCAGUCUCGCUCUACUCCCUAUCGACUCCAAGGCUAAUAUUACCAGAUAUAUGACCUGUCAAAUCUCGCCACACCUUCAUUCAUCGCCGAAAGCUUUAGCACCCUAUACCCGCUCCUCCGCGCCGAUAAACUUACCUCGCCUACCACCAAUCGCGAAAAGCACCAAUCAAAACAGUUAGUAGUCGAGAUUCUAGUAGCAGACGUCGGUGAUUCGGUAUUCAAAGAACCAUACCUGAUCGCUCGAAGCUCGGACAAUGACCUAACCUUCUAUAAACCCUUCAUCACCCCCUCAUCUUCAACCCUGCGCUUCAUAAAAUCUCCCAAUCCACAUCUAGCAUCAAACGAACCAAAUUUAGGCGCGGGAACUAAGAAUAUGUUCAGACCGCUGACAGCAGUCUGUAACAUCGCGGGGUACUCUGCUGUGUUCCUUCCGGGAGCUGAUCCAAGCUUUGUUAUCAAGACCGCGAAGUCAAAUCCGCGGAUACACAAGCUUGCGGGGAGUGGAGUUCGGAGUUUAUCUUCAUUUCAUUCUGCUGGCGCGGAUAGAGGGUUUGUGUAUGUUGAUAGUUUGGUAUAAACACUCCCUUCCCUCCUACCCGGACUUUAAGGCUGACCUUUUCGGGGCGUAGGGUAUAGUAAGGGUAGCGUUGAUGCCCGCCGAGUUCACGUUUGAUGGGAACUGGGGGUACAGAAAGGUAACAAUCGGCGAGCAUGUUCAGAGUCUGGCAUACUUCCCACCAAUGAACGUGUAUGUUAUUUCCACGAGCAAACGCCAGCCAUUUGAUCUCGCGGAGGAAGAUGGUAAUAUUGCGAAAGACGGUAUUCCUCCCUCCUCCCCCUACUUUAUUUCAAUAUGCUAAGUCAAAACCUAGAUACAACCCUCCAACCAGAAAUAGAUUCUGGAACCUUAAAGCUACUCUCCCCCCAAACCUGGACAGCAGUAGACGAGUACAAAUUCGCCCACAAUGAGAUUGCCCUCGUUGUGAAGACCAUCUCCUUAGAAGUCUCAGAGCACACUAAGGAGCGCAAGCAACUAGUAUCCGUCGGCACUGCCAUCUUCCGCGGCGAAGACCACUCUGCCCGCGGUGGCAUCUAUGUCUUUGAGGUAAUCGAAGUCGUCCCGGAACCUAACCGUCCUGAAACCAACCGGAAACUGAAGCUCGUUACAAGGGAGGAAGUUAAGGGCACUGUCAGCGCCAUAUGCGGCGUGAACGGGUAUUUGCUCGCUGCUCAGGGGCAGAAAAUCAUGGUUAGGGGUUUGAAAGAGGAUCAGAGCUUGCUACCUGUGGCCUUCCUAGAUAUGUGCCUUUAUGUCUCCGUUGCUAAGAAUCUGGACGGGAUGAUCCUCUUUGGGGACUUUAUGAAGAGUGUUUGGUUCGCGGGAUUUUCUGUGCGUUUACUUUCUAUCUUGAAGAGGGCCAGGUUGGGGCGUAUGUUGAAGGAUGACUAAUUAUGGGGAGUAGGAAGAGCCUUACAAAAUGACUCUCUUCGGAAAAGAUACACAAAAACUCGAAGUCAUUUCAGCAGAGUUCCUACCGGACGGUAACCAAUUGUAUUUUGUGGUCGUGGACGCAGAAUCGAAUAUUCAUAUAUUACAAUACGAUCCCGAGCGUACUUCUUCCACUCCCAUUCCCAUUCCCAAGCUAACUUACGGCAGAUCCUAAAUCCCUUGCCGGCCAACGCCUGAUCCGCCGAGCAGAUUUCUUCUCAGGCCACGAAAUCUCCACGCUAACCAUGCUCCCCCUCUCCCCAUAUUUGUCCUCUGCACCCCCCAACUCUCACCCCCACCCAGACGCAACAGACACCUCCCCAUCACACCACCACUACAACCCGCAAAACCAGCAGCAACAACAAGAAUACUUUGUCCUAGCCGGUACCCAAACUGGCAGCCUCACCAUGAUCCGCACGAUCCCAGAAACUACCUACCGCAGACUCAACAUCGUACAGGGGCAGAUUGUCAAUGGCGAGGAACACGUUGCGGGACUGAACCCUAGGGAGUACCGGGCUGUCGUUAAUUAUAGUGGCGGUGGCGGCGGAGGGGCUGGAGGAGGAGGAUGGGGUGGUAGUGGGGGGGGCGUGGGUGGGGAUACUAUGAGGGGGGUAUUGGAUGGUGGGCUGGUCUCUCGAUGGAUUGGGCUCGCCGAGGGCAGGAAGGGAGAGGUUUCUGCAAAGGCUGGUUGUGAAGUUCAGGGGAUUAGAGGGGAUUUGAAGAGGGUUGUCGAGUUGGAGGUUGGAUAUUUGUAA